GCGAGAUCUGUGGUGGGAAGAUGGCAGACGGGUCCCAGCGGGAUUCGGUCGGAUUUAGCUCAACGCUGAGCGGACCCAGGCUUGAGUUUUGCACCGAUGGUGAUGUUUGAUGCUCCAGUCCUGCAUUUAGUGUCCAUGUUGAGCGGGGUGUCACAUUCCUUCCUGCCGAUACUCUCCGGGAGCUGCCAGCGACGCACCUCUCUGGGCUCGCCGGCCAAGCCUCCCCACCGGAGCCGCUUCCAGUGAGACGGGCAGAGGGCAAGAAUAUGACCGGGGAGAAGAUCCGCUCGCUUGGCAGGGAGCGCCAGCCGAGCGAGGACGACGAUCUGCUGGGGCCCGGCGAAGAAGCUGACGCCAUCGCGUCGCUGGCCGGCGAUACCCGCACCGAACGAGUCGGCGGUGACCGGCUCCUCAGCGCCCACAAGCAGGCGGCUCGAAGUCAGCAGUCGCCGCCCAACGACAACGCUGUGGCGCCGUACAGUGCCGUGGACGACCUGAAUCGCAACCCGGUGCUGCCGGCCGCCGACGACUUCCAGCUGCACCGCUGCGUUUUCGACGGCGAUGUGCGGCGCCUCUCUUCGCUGAUCCGCCUCCAGAACAUCGCCCAAAAGGACGUCCACGGAAACACGCCGCUUCACCUGGCCGUGAUGACGGGACAGAAAGAGUGUGCACACUUGCUCCUGGCCCACAAUGCACCUGUGAAGGUGAAAAACGCUCAGGGAUGGAGUCCCCUCGCCGAAGCGAUCAGUUACGGGGACAGGCAAAUGAUCACUGCGCUGCUGAGGAAGCUGAAACAGCAGUCCAGAGAAAGCGUGCAGGACAAGAGGCCUCGGCUGCUCGACGCCCUGAAGGAGCUUGGCGACUUUUAUCUGGAGUUUCACUGGGAUUUCCAAAGCUGGGUUCCUUUACUUUCCCGAAUCCUGCCUUCUGACACCUGUAAAAUCUACAAGCAAGGCCUCACCAUCAGGCUGGACACCACCCUCGUCGACUUCACCGACAUGAAGUGCCAGAGGGGGGACCUCAGCUUCAUCUUCGACGGGAACGCCCCGCCCUCCGAGUCCUUCGUGGUGCUCGACAACGAGCAGAAGGUCUACCAGUGGAUCCAUCACGAGGAGUCGGAGAUGGAGACUGAGGAGGAAGUGGACAUCUUAAUGAGCAGCGAUAUUUAUUCGGCCACGCUUUCCACGAAAUCCAUCACCUUCGCCCGCUCCCAGAUCGGCUGGCUCUUCCGGGAGGACAAAACGGAAAGAGUUGGGAAUUUCCUGGCGGAUUUUUAUUCGGUGAAUGGCCUGGUGCUGGAGUCGCGGAAGCGGCGGGAGCAUCUGAGCGAGGAGGACGUGCUGAGGAACAAGGCCAUCAUGGAGAGCUGGAGCAAGGGCGGUGGCCUGGCAGAGCAGAGCUUCGAGCCCAUCAGGAGGCAGUCGCUUCUCCCGCCGUCACCUAGCACCAUCUCGUGGGAAGAGUACAUCACCGCGGAGAGGGGGAAGGCUCCUCACCUGGGCAGGGAGCUGGUGUGUAAGGAGAGCAGGAAGAUCUUCAAGGCCACUGUCGCCAUGAGCCAGGACUUCCCGCUGGGCAUCGAGGCGCUCCUGAACGUCCUGGAGGUCAUCGCGCCCUUCAAGCACUUCAACAAGCUACGGGAAUUCGUGCAGAUGAAGCUGCCGCCUGGAUUCCCCGUCAAGCUGGCAGAUGCUUGCAUCCAAAGGGACAUGCAGUUUGAGAAGCAGUCCUGAGAGCAGUUGGGUUUAAAGCUCUUGCUUAGGAGCUCAACAGUAAACUGAUGUGAUGGGAUUUGAACCGAAAACCUCUCGAUCAUAGGUACAGUGUCCUAACACUGAGCUAUGCAGAAGCCUCAGCACCCAUCCAGUACACCCAUGUAUUUGUUGACUCAAGAAUACCAUGAUUGACUGACCAGUUUCAGUUGCUUUUAUGUCACAUUGUAUAUUUGGUCAGAAAAGAAAAUGACUACCCACCUUAAAUGUUUAAAGCUGUCAAAAUGAUUAAGAUAUCUGCACUGUACUGUAUGUCCAUCUGACUUCCUCACAGCGGUUUUUAUCCACACCGUAAGUGAGCAAGUGACAGCGUCCCUCGAAGAUGCCCCUGUGAUGUAACGCCCUGUGAAGUAACGCCCUGCGUAUGCCUCUGUUUCAGACAUCCCCGUGUUUCCCACUAUUGCCGCCACCGUGACAUUUCAGGAGUUCCACUAUGACACGUUCGACGUGUCCAACUUCACCAUCCCUAACGAGUACAAGGAGGACCCCAGUCGCUUCCCCGACCUCUAACCUCCCCUCCCCCCCCCCCCCCCCCCCCCGCGCCAGAGAGCGUUCGCCAGGUCGUGAAUAAUUCAACCCGCAAAAAGGGCAUUCGAUUGAAAUGUGGAGGAGUUUGCUCAGCUUGACCUUUACGGAAAAGGGACUGACGUAUCGAGCCUCCAGUGAGGGCGGCUGGUUUGUUGGAUGGAUUUUUGUCGGGGUAUGGGAAGGGAAUUGUGGCAGCCCGC